UCCGUAACACAAGACCUUUACAAGAUGAUCAGAUUAUGGAUUGCACUGCUUUUUGUUAAUCGAGGAUCUGCAUUCGUUCCAGUAACUACAGCUCAGCUCGGGGGACCUAUAACCUUCACAUGUGUUCUACCCAAGACUGAGACUGGCCGCAGAGACAUCCACUGGUAUAAGCAGAGUCCUGGAGACACUCUGAAAAUAAUAUGGACACUAAAGGAAUCUGCAACACCUAGGUUUGCACCUGAAUUUGAUAAGUCAAGAUGGAAAGCUAAUUAUGAUAAAAAUGUUAGCAACCUGACGAUUUUGAGAACAAAUCAAGAGGAUGAGGGAAUCUAUCACUGUGGGUUCACAGAGUGGCUCCAAGAUACUACAUGGACUGGGACAUAUUUGUUAGUAAAAGGAAACACCCAGAGGAUAUCAAACUAUACCGUUGUUCAGGAGAAGACCAUCCAUCUAGGAGACUCAGUGACUCUCCAAUGUUCAGUUCUCUCCGUCUCAGUUAACAAGACAUGUCCAGGGGGUCUUGAGGUAUUCUGGUUCAAAGAAGGAUCACAUAGAUCUCAUCCUAGUAUUAUCUAUACUGAUGGAAACGGACAUCAUGAAUGUGAGAAAAGAUCAGAGACUGAAAAAAGCUGUGCGUAUCGCUUCUCUAAGAACGUCAGCUCCUCUGAUGCUGGGACUUACUACUGUGCUGUGGCCACAUGUGGGGAGAUAUUAUAUGGAAAAGGAACUAAACUGGACAUUCAAGGGUGCAGCGUGUGGUCACAGAGUGCCAGUACAGUUAUUUUUCUGCUGUGUCCUGUCUUGGUUCUGAUUGUUAUUGCUGUCCUCGCUUACACAAUCAAGAAAACCAACAGUGAUCAUUGCAAAGCUGCUGUCCUGGAGAAAAACUUUGGUGAUUUGAAAAGCCAACAGAAAAAAGACACAUUGAUGUUUUCUGCUGUUGUGUUUACGAUGAUGAAGGCUGACAAAUAUAAAAGACAGGAUGCAGUGAAGCAGCAGCGGAUCUACAUGGCUGUCAAGGCUUUUGGACUGGAUUAGAUCUGUUUACCACCCCAUCAUCCCUUUAUGUGAUAUAACAUUGUGGAUAUUUGCUUAAAGCUAAUGGGCUAUAAUGUGUUGUUGUUCUAUACCUCUAUCUAUAAAAAUGUGACCACAUGCAUACUGCAACAUUUCUAGUGCAGUCUUAUGACGAGUUUUUAUUUCUUUUUUCUCACUUCAUUUAACUCUAUAUUGAAACCAGUACUUAAAAAAUCAGUGCAAAACUGACAUUACUGAAGCUGAUUACACCAUGACUGAAAAGUCAAAGUAGUUAAAGUGCAUACCACAUGGAUGCUUGCAUCGUUCCCCUGCUGUCUUCCCAUUCUGUUAAAAAUAAAAAGUGACUGGAAAAUGUGAGUUCAACCGGAAAACCUGAUAUGUUUGAAUUUAUGUUAUUAACAUCAGGUAAAGUGAAACUAGUGCAAAGUUGUAAUGUUAUGCUUUUCUUUAACAAUAUAUUCCAACAUGGUUGUAAGAUUUUGAAAAAUGUAAGAAAUUUCUUAGCCAGGAGUGCUGGCUUUGAUUUUUUCACUGAAUUGUUCAUUUUCCAGGGUGAAAUGAUU